AUGCGCGCAGGCGUACGACAUGCUGCUGAAAAGUGUGCUGCUGAACGACGUGCUGCCAACCCACUCCACUUAGUGAACGAGGGUAACAAAGAAUCUCCAGUUCGCCCUUCUGAGAUUGAUCCGGGUUUGGAGUUUGAACUCGACCGCGUGAUGGCGGAAGGUUAUGGCCGGUACAACAGAAACCAUGGCUUUCCUAGCCCUGAGCUCUGA